GCACAGGUUUUGAUAAAUCUCCCUUCGUGCCUAGCUUUAGUAAUAUAUUUAUUCUCCCUUACAGUCCCGCUGCUCACAGGUGGACUUUACCCCAUGCACUUUGUCUGUGUGUUACGCUAUCAUAGCAGCAGGUGUGGCGGUCAUUAUCCAUCACACGUAACAACACUGCCACCUGUGCGCCAACCUACCUGGACUGUGUCAUCCCUCACCGGAGAACGAGGGCACCUUGAAGGCCAAAGCCAAGGGUGUCACUAAAAGCCCCCAUCUAUUGUCUUAGACAGUAGAUAUGCUAAUAUAUAUAUAUACUUUUGUCCAUGAGGAGAUGAGCUGACGCCAUAGUUGUCUGGCAGUGGCUCACCCCCCCCCCCAGACACACACACUUUCUCUUUCCAAACACAAGUGCUUGUCUGAGGUGAUACCUAGCUUCCCUCUCCAUCUGUCUGACAGAAUCAAUAGCGGAUGACUGGUGCCUUGGUCACAUGAUCCUCCCAACCAGUGGUUGUGGGAGAAGCCUCCCUUUCCCAGGAGAAUAGUGGACCCAAACUUGUUAGAGUAGUCUGGCUUAGGCCACCAAAGUGAGCACUCCUUCUGGCUAUGCUUAUUGCUAUGUGUACACCUAGGCCGAAAGUGUCUUACCUAGUGAUGAAGGAUAUUGCUGACCCCCUGACAGAUUUGUGACCCCCCUGGAAGCCAAUAUACAAGACACAGAAGUUCCAUGGGAUUGUAGUCGGCGUAAGAACUGGGAAUGACUCUGUGUGGAAUAAACUGUGGGAAGAAGAAACAAGUAGAGAAAGAGAGGCGGCUGCGAGCGAAUGACCGGGAAUUCAACCUCAAAUUCAAGUAUGCGACCAAUGCAAUCAAGACCUCAAAAUACAAUAUAUUCACUUUCCUUCCCCUCAACCUCUUCGAGCAGUUCCAGCGAGUGGCCAAUGCCUAUUUUGUAUUCCUCCUGGUCCUGCAGCUCAUUCCUCAAGUGUCUUCCCUGUCGUGGUUUACUACAGUGGUGCCAUUGGUGUUGGUGCUCGCCGUGUCCGCUAUUAAAGAUGCCACUGAUGACUACUAUCGACACAAAAGUGACAAUCAGGUCAACAACCGGACAGUCCAAGUACUUAGCAAAGGAGGGUUUACGAACGAAAAAUGGAUGAAAGUGCAGGUGGGCGACAUCAUAAAACUGGAAAAUAACAACUUUGUGACAGCAGAUCUGAUGUUACUUUCCAGCAGUGAACCCAACAGCCUGGUAUACAUCGAGACGGCGGAGCUAGACGGAGAGACGAAUCUGAAGGUGAAGCAGUCUCUUACUAUAACAGGAGACCUAGGAGAGAAUCUGACAGAACUCUCACAGUUUGAUGGUGAAAUUGUAUGUGAGGCCCCCAAUAACAAACUAGACACCUUCACCGGGACCCUGACCUACAAGGGAGAAAAAUAUGCUCUGGACAAUGGAAAAAUCUUGCUUCGUGGGUGCACUCUCAGGAACACAGAAUGGUGCUUUGGAAUGGUCAUCUUUGCAGGACCUGACACAAAACUGAUGCAGAACAGUGGUCGGACCACUCUGAAAAGGACCAGCAUUGACCGGCUCAUGAAUAUUCUUGUGCUUUGGAUCUUUGGGUUCUUGGGUUUCAUGUGUAUUAUUUUGGCUAUUGGGAAUGCAAUUUGGGAAAGCAAACAGGGCUAUUACUUCCAGUUGUAUCUCCCAUGGCCUGAAGGUGUCAACAACGCAGCCUUCUCCGGAUUUCUCAUGUUUUGGUCCUAUGUCAUCAUUCUCAACACUGUGGUGCCUAUAUCCCUCUAUGUCAGCGUUGAAAUAAUUCGUCUUGGAAACAGCUUUUAUAUCAAUUGGGACCGUAAGAUGUAUUACCCAAAGAAGGACACUCCAUCAGAGGCUCGAACCACCACCCUCAAUGAGGAGCUAGGGCAGAUCAAAUACAUCUUCUCUGACAAGACCGGGACUCUCACACAGAACAUCAUGACCUUCAAUAAGUGUACUAUAAAUGGGAAUUCAUAUGGUGACGUAUUUGACUAUGCUGGCAACAGGCUUGAAGUAAAUGAGUACACGGAAAAGGUGGAUUUUUCCUACAAUCCUCUGGCCGACCCCAAGUUCUUCUUCCACGAUCACAGAUUGGUGGAAUCGGUGAAAAUGGAAGACCCGGCCACACACGAGUUUUUCCGUCUUUUGGCGUUGUGUCACACGGCGAUGUCCGAGGAGAAGAAAGAAGGUCAACUGGUCUAUCAAGCACAGUCUCCGGAUGAGGGAGCGCUGGUCACUGCCGCCAGGAACUUUGGCUUUGUCUUCCGCUCCCGGACACCAGAAACCAUCACAGUGGUGGAGAUGGGGAAGACCAAAGUGUACGAUUUGUUGGCUAUAUUGGACUUCAACAAUGAACGCAAAAGGAUGUCCGUGAUCGUGCAGAGCCCUGAGGGCCGUCUGACCUUGUACUGUAAGGGGGCCGACACCAUUGUGUAUGAACUCCUUGACCAUUCCAGUGAAGAUUUGAAGGAAGUGACCACUGACCACCUGAAUGAGUUUGCCGGGGAAGGUUUGCGCACCCUUGUUUUAGCCUACAAGGAUUUGGAUAAGACCUACUUUGCCGACUGGAAGAAGCGGCACCAUGAAGCGAGUACAUCCCUGGAGAACCGGGAGGAGAAGCUGGCUGUCCUGUAUGAGGAGAUCGAGAAGGACCUCAAGUUAAUCGGAGCAUCUGCCAUAGAAGAUAAACUACAAGAUGGUGUCCCCCAGACCAUUGAGACUCUCACCAAGGCCAACAUUAAAAUAUGGGUGCUCACCGGGGAUAAGCAAGAAACGGCUGAAAACAUCGGGUACUCCUGUAACAUGCUGCAAGAUGAGAUGAAGGAGAUUUUUAUCAUUAAAGGCACCAGCCCUGCGGAGGUGGAGGAAGAGCUAAGGGUGGCGCGGAGGAAGAUGAACCCUGAUUCAUUCAUGGACAAUUAUGAUGUGACGGUGAAGAUAAAUAAAUGUUCUAAGGCGUCACAUGUGAUUCCGGACGAUGAGCUGAAAGGAGACGACACGUACGGCAUCAUCAUCAAUGGCCACAGUCUGGCUUACGCUCUAGAGGAGAGUAUGGAGGUGGAGCUCCUGAGGACGGCGUGCAUGUGCCAGGCUGUCAUUUGCUGUCGGGUGACUCCUCUGCAGAAGGCGCAGGUGGUGCAGCUGGUGAAGAAGUAUAAGAAGGCGGUGACAUUGGCCAUAGGUGAUGGUGCUAAUGACGUCAGUAUGAUCAAGACGGCCCACAUCGGGGUGGGGAUCAGCGGACAGGAGGGGAUGCAGGCUGUGCUGUCCAGCGACUUCUCCUUUGCCCAGUUUCGAUAUCUGCAGCGCCUCCUCCUGGUUCACGGCCGCUGGUCCUAUAUCCGUAUGUGUCAGUUCUUGAGAUACUUUUUCUACAAGAAUUUUACCUUUACGUUGGUUCAUUUCUGGUACGGAUUCUUCUGCGGCUUUUCUGCUCAGACCGUAUAUGACCAAUGGUUCAUCACUAUGUACAAUCUAGUGUACACCUCACUGCCGGUGCUGGGGAUGAGCCUGUUCGAUCAGGAUGUGGACGACCGCUGGAGCAUGGAGUAUCCGCAGCUGUAUGAGCCCGGCCAGGAGAACCGCUACUUUAAUAAAAAGGAGUUUAUGAAGUGUGUGAUCCAUGGAGUCUACAGCUCCCUCGUUCUGUUCUUUGUGCCGUACGGAGCCCUGUACGACACCGUGAGAGACGACGGGAAAGCCAUAUCUGACUACCAGUCCUUCGCUUUGAUGGCUCAGACAUGUCUGCUGCUUGUGGUGUCUGCACAGAUUGCCCUGGACACAGCGUACUGGACGGCAGUCAACCAGUUCUUCAUCUGGGGCAGUCUUGCCGUGUUCUUUGCCAUCAGUUUUACCAUGUACAGUGACGGCAUGUACCUGAUCUUCACAGGCUCCUUCCCCUUCAUCGGGACGGCUCGAAACUCCCUGAAUCAGCCCAGUAUCUGGCUCGCCAUCUUCCUGGUGUUGGUGCUCUGCCUCCUACCGGUGGUGGCCUACAGGUUCCUGCGGUCACAGCUCAAACCUACGUUCAAUGACCGGAUUCAAGCAAAGAUCAGAGAGGCAAAAAAGCGCCCAAUGCCGCCACCUCGCAAAGCCCGGAUACGCCGCACCAGCUCCCGCCGCUCAGGCUACGCUUUCUCCCACACACAAGGUUAUGGAGACCUCAUCACUUCAGGCAAAACCUUCCGCUCCAAGAUACCUUUUCACCAAACAGGAAAGUUCUCCCCCAAUGAGAGGAGCCGGAAUAACUGAGAGCAGAGCAGCGCCAAUCCGUGGCUGUGAACGCCAUCUCGCCCCCAGACAGGACGACACUAAAGAUGAGGUCUGGUGUCUGACUUUACCCAUCACUGAGCAACACGUGGGCGAAAAAGACUGGAUAAAAAGCCAUAUAUAUAUAUAUAUAUGCAAGUGGCCUCCAUGUUUACGUCAUGCGGCGGCCAUCUUGAAUCUGGGAUUUUAAAGAGACACCAGCUGUUUACCAAACAUCUGAAUUAUUUAAAUGCGACAUUUAACAAGUGUCGGUGCCAAAUCUGCGCGUUGCCAAAGGACACCAAACCGUAUUUUUGUACACUUCAGAACAUUCACCGUUGCACUCUGCUUCCUCGUAGCCUUAAUCUUUUUUUUUUUUUUUUUACAGAAAACCGUUUUAUUUGCCUUAAUUUUAGAAUUAAAAAAAAUGUCCGCCACCUUUAUUGGACCGUAAUUUUCAUAACAUUUUUUUUCUUCUUAGUAUCUUGAUAAGGAUUUGGAAAUUCCUGGCAGGAUUAGGAUUAAAUUCCGCCUCCGACGCUCCCGUUUUAUUUACAAACCCUGGUAUCCAUAGCGAUGGAGUUUCAGAUGUUAAUACAGAUUCCCCCCCCCCCUUUCCCGCGCUAUUGUAAUUUAAGCCUCUUGUUUUUGUACUGAAUUAUACAAAUUAGCAGGAAACGUAGUGAGCGGGAACAGCGCAAAAGUCAUAAAAGGGCUUAUCCCUUCUGUUGUCAAUGGAGUUUACUCACUGGGGGGAGAAUUAAGGUGAACGAUUUUUCAAAUUUAUUGGUUGCACGGAAUGUGGUAAAUAUGGUGCUAAGACACGUUUUUUUGGAAAUGACACUUCAGUACACUUUGGUUCCUCGCCUGUGACUUUUUUUACCCAUCGCGCCAAAAUGUGCAACUUUUUACCAGUUUUGUGAGCCGGGUCUGGGCUGGUGUAGAUUUGCGACAAAUUGUAUGACAAAAUUUACAGGAUACAUUAAAGGGGUAUUCCAGGAAAAAAAACUUUUUUUUAUAUCUACUGGCUCCAGAAAGUUAAA